CCCGCAUGCUCUGUCAUGGCUGCGGUGGCGCUGCUGCUGCUGCUGCUGCUGGCGUCGCCGCCCGCCUCCUCCGCGCCCCCUGAGCGCGACCCCUUCGCCCCACAGCUCGGCGACACACAGAGCUGCCAGCAGCGGUGUCGCCAGCGCCACCCCGGCCCGCUGCUUUCACAGGAGCGCCUAGAGGGCUCCUCCCAGACACCCUAUGACGGAGCUGUUCUGAUCAGCGCUUGUGAGCGAGGCUGCCGCCUCUUCUCCAUCUGCCGGUUCGUUGCCAGGAGCUCCAAGCCCAAUGCCACACAGACUGAGUGUGAAGCAGCCUGUAUAGAAGGCUAUGUGAAGGAAACAGAACAGCAGGCCUGUAGCGAAGGAUGCUGGAGUCAAACUGCAGAGCCUGAGCCCCAGCUAGAACAGAAGAGAAAAGUCCUGGAAGCACCUAGCAGUGCCCUUUCCCUGCUGGACUUACUUUCCACUCUUUGCAAUGACCUUGUCAGCUCAGCCCGGGGCUUUGUGUCCUCUACCUGGACAUAUUAUCUUCAGACAGACAACGGGAAAGUGGUGGUGUUUCAGACCCAGCCUGUGGUAGAGAACCUUGGGUAUCAAGGGAGCCACCUGCAGCGAGUGGAGGUGACAUGGAAGGGAUCCCACCCUGAGGCCUUGGAGGUGCAUGUGGAUCCCAUAGGCCCAUUGGACCAGGUGAGAAAGGCCAAGAUCCGAGUGAAGACCAGCAGCAAGGCAAAGGUGGAGGCCGAGGAGUCUCAGGAUAAUGACUUCCUCAGCUGCAUGUCCCGGCGCUCAGGGUUGCCGCGCUGGAUCCUGGCCUGCUGCCUCUUCCUCUCCGUGCUGGUCAUGCUCUGGCUGAGCUGUUCCACGCUGGUCACUGCGCCGGGCCAGCACCUCAAGUUCCAGCCCCUGACCCUGAAGCAGCACAAAGGCUUUGUGGUAGAGCCCGACUGGCCCAUCUAUCCUCCCCUGUCACAUGCCUAUGAGGACAGCCCCCCACCCUACAAGCUGAAGCUGGACUUAACCACACUGUAGUCAUCUGUCGUCUGUAUGCCCACCGCUGCCAAGUUCUGGGGCCCCUCCAGAUUCACUUGCCCGGCACCCUGGAGUGCAAGGUCAGGAUGGGACCAGUGUUGGGCUCCUUAUGCCCAAAUCCUUCCUCUCUCUCUUUCAACCUGUUCCUCAAGUCUUUAGGACUUCAUACCCAGCUGGGGAGGGGCAGGGAAUGGCCUUGAUCCUCUGUCCUGCUUUCUUUGAGGUGUGCUGUUUUUGUCUUUUAUUGUGUGGCUUUCUGAGUGUUUGAACAUGCUCUCUGUCAUCAUUUCCUCUCUGUUCUUGCGGGGAAAGGGGAGUGCUGAAGGCACAGGGGAGCCCUUCUCCUGCUAGGGCUUCUUCCCUCCUUAUUUCUGGAGACCCAGUCCCCGAGAUGAAGACACUGGGCACUCCCUAUAAGGGGACUAGGCAGCUAGAGCUGGGGAGGACUAACCCUUAUGAAUAAAGUCAGUGAAAACCUU